AUGAAUGAAACACAAGACAGCGACACAAACUUUGAAGUGGCAUGCUCUUAAUGUCAAACAACUCCUGACAAUUAUGUCAAAUUAGAUUGUGAUCAUAAGUUCUGUCUCGUUUGCUUAGCCUAUAAUUAUUUACAAUCUCAAUAAUAGAACCCAGAGUCUCAAGAUAUUGUAAAAAUAGCUAUCUGUUCCAAGUGUUAAUAUGAAACCCAUCUUGAUCCAGAUACUAUUGAGGCAAUUUAAUAUGUGAUUAAAGAAAUUAUAAUUCCAUUAAUUGAAUAGAAUUAAGAAGAGCAUAAUUUGGAUAAUGAUUUCGAUUUAAAAUAAUCUGAAACAAUUAGAGAAUCUAAAGCUAACUUUGUUAAUGAUAUUGUUAAUGAAAAAUAGAUUGAAAAAUUUGAAUAAAAAGAUAAAUAUGCAAACAAUUUAUAAUUUCAAAAAGUGGAUUAAACUAAAGAAGUCCCUGAAAUUAAAGAUGUUAAGAAAUUUAAAGAAUCUAUUUCAAAUAAAAAUGAAAUUACUCCUGCUUUGAAUGAAAGAGUAUAAUUAUAUUUGGAAAGAUUGGAUAAAAGUUUUAAAAAUAAAUUUGAAUCCAUUAGAGACAUUCAAGAUUAAAAAUUCUAAUUUUAAUAGAAGUGUUAAUCUACAAGAGAUGAAAUUAGUCAAGAAUUUCAAAAAGUAUAUAUUUAUAUUAAUUAGUAAAUACUUGCUUUGGAAUAAAAAAAGAAUAGUCUUAUUAAUGAAGUUAAUGCACUUGAAACUUAAUAAUUAUUAGAAAUCUAAAAGUAAGAGAAUGAAUAUGUAAUUAUAUUUUAAAUAUCUAAAGGAAACUUAAAUUUAAUUGAUGGCUAAAUAUUAAGAGGAAUUAAAGAACUUAAAAGGUUUUCCUGAAGAAUUGAGCAAAUUCUUAAUUGAAAUUGAAAAAAUUAUGACUGCCCCAUCUCAAUCUCUGUAAAUAGUAAAAUAUGUGUGCAUGAAUAGAAAUCCUUACUAUUGUCAUCCCAAAGAUAGUUAAUUCGAAUAUAAUCACUCUCCUAAUAGACAGAAGAGAGAUUAACUUCAGAUUCCAAAAUGAUAACAUUUCAAUAGAAGUUUAGUCCUGUUAAGAAUGAUAGAACCAAUGAAAUUUGGAAUAAGUUAAACGAAAGUGAUAAAAAGAGUAGACUUAAAGAAAGCUCAAUCUCGCAAUAAAGAUCAAAUUAAAAGAGUAGAUGGAAAGAAACUAUCUUAGAAAUAUUUGAUAAAAAAGAACAAAGUUUUGAAAGAUAUUCAAAUAAUAAAUAUAAUCCAUUGAAUAGAACCUACAAUAUUCAUUAAGUUUUGAACAUGCAACAAUAGAGUUUUUAAAUUUAAAAAGAAAAUUUAUUAAAAAGAUGA